GGGAGGCCGGGGCCGGCUCCGGCGCUGUCAGGGGCUGUGCCGGCUCGGCGGGGACGGGGCCGCGCGCGGGCGACAGUCGUUGGGCGCGUGGCGGGCGCCCUGUCAGAGACGCGCGGGGUGUGGGGGACUCCUGUCACGGGGGGUUUCCUCACCCCUGUCGGAGGCUUGCGGGGGGCUCAUGUCACGGGGCGUUUCCUCACCCCUGCCAGAAGGUUGCAGGGGGCUCUUGUCACGAGGGGUUUCCUCACCCCUGUCGUGGCUGGGGCGGGAUGAGCAGGAAUUAUGCUGGAAUAUGUACAAGAUGGUGAGCCAAAGACCAAAUCUAUAGAUUUACUCAAUCUUAGACCUGACACAGAUGCCAUAGCCUUGGUAGAAGAAAUUCAAAGAGGAGAACCUCUCAUCACAGCUUCAUGCAAGGAACAUGUAAUACAUUUAGUACGAAGAUUGCAAGAGAAGCUAGGGGAAAAUGAGGAUCACAAGUUCCAUUUUUUUAAGGUACUUAGAGCACAUAUAUUACCGCUGACUAAUGUAGCAUUUAACAAAUCUGGUUCCUGCUUUAUCACUGGAAGCUAUGACAGAACCUGCAAAGUAUGGGAUACUGAAUCAGGAGAAGAGCUACGUACACUGGAGGGACACAAAAACGUAGUCUAUGCAAUAGCUUUUAAUAAUCCCUAUGGUGACAAGAUUGCCACAGGAUCUUUUGAUAAAACCUGCAAACUUUGGAGUACGGAAACAGGAGAAUGUUAUCAUACUUUCAGAGGACACAGUGCAGAAGUAGUGUGUGUAUCAUUUAAUCUUCAGAGCACCUUGGUGGCAACUGGAAGCAUGGAUACCACCGCCAAAUUAUGGGAUAUAGAGAAAGGAGAAGAAGUAGUCACCUUAAGUGGGCACUCAGCAGAAAUUAUUUCUUUGUCUUUCAACACCACUGGAGAUAAGAUUAUCACUGGCUCCUUUGACCAUACAGUAGCAGUGUGGGAUGUUGGCACUGGCAGAAUGUUACAUAAUUUAGUUGGUCACCAAGGAGAGAUUAGCAAUGCACAGUUCAACUGGGACUGUUCUCUCAUUGUCACUGGAUCAAUGGACAAAACAUGCAUGCUGUGGAAUGCUAUGACUGGGACACAUAUAGCAACUUUAACAGGUCACAGUGAAGAAAUAUUAGAUGUCUGCUUUGAUUAUGCUGGUCAGCGUAUUGCAACUUGCUCCGUUGAUGGAUCAGCAAGAGUCUAUGAUGCAGAAACACAAAAGUGCAUUGCAAAGCUGGAAGGGCAUAGCAGCGAAAUUUCAAAGAUAUGUUUCAACUCUAAGGGCAAUCGUAUACUAACAGCCAGCUCUGAUAAAACAGCUCGACUCUGGGAUGCUGCUACUGGCCAAUGCCUUCAGGUGUUAGGGGGUCACACUGAUGAGAUAUUCUCCUGUGCUUUCAAUUACACAGGCAAUAUAAUCAUUACAGGGAGCAAGGAUAACACCUGCAGAAUAUGGCACUGACUGAAGACAAGGAAAGAUCCAGUUCAGUAUAUCCCUACUUCAUGAGUUUCAUAGUCAAUAAACUCCAUCUUGCAGACGUUUCCUUUCAUGCUCUUUAUUCAGCUUCAGCUUUGAUGAAAUAGAGAAGUUACCUAGAUUUUGAUAGGUUUGACUUUUCUGAUGUUUAGUAGAUAUGGAAUAGUUCUUAUUUUUAAAUUGAAUGGUUUUUUAUAUUUCAAUUUGUGCAUUUUGGCUCUUUGCAUACUGCUGAGAAGAGUCUGGCUCUGUUAUCUCAGUCACGUGAGAGAAACCAUGAGUAGUGUGAAUGAAUCCAAUAGGAUAGCCCCAUUUAUUUGUGUGCAAUUUUUUCCUUGUAACCCUUUUAAUAAAAACUAGCAUUAUGAUA